AUGGCCCUGUGGGAAUACGUCCUUAAUUGGUUACGCAGUCUAUUCUUCCUGCAGGAGAUGGAGCUCUCGCUCAUCGGCCUUCAAAACGCCGGCAAGACGUCUCUUGUUAACGUCAUCGCUACUGGCGGUUUCAACGAAGACAUGAUCCCAACGGUGGGCUUUAACAUGCGCAAGGUGACGAAAGGGAAUGUGAGCAUAAAGCUGUGGGAUCUGGGCGGGCAACCAAGAUUCCGGAGCAUGUGGGAGAGAUACUGCCGAGGCGUGUCAGCCAUCGUCUAUGUGGUGGAUGCAUCAGACCAUGACAACAUCCCAGUGUCCCGCAGAGAGCUGCAUGAGCUGCUCAGCAAGCCAUCUCUCGCCGGCAUUCCACUGCUGCUGCUGGGGAACAAGUGCGACAAGGCAGAAGCCGUUUCACGGGAUGCCCUCAUUGAAGCCAUGUAA